AUGCAGCUGCCACGCCACCAGUUUAGCUUCUCUUCGGCAGGGACAGACGUGCCAACGCUUCCGGGCGCCGAAGACCUCCCCUUCCGGCCCGACGUCUGCCCCCCAGAAAAAGAAAUCAACGGGACCUACGACUUUUUUCGAGAGGUUCACGACGACUUGCGCAGCUGCAUGGAAAACGUGUUCCUGUUAGGAUGCGAGGAGCACUACCUUCACGCCCUGGUCGGUACCGGUGGCGACGAUGACGUGUGCUCGCAGCCACGUCGAUCGCUUGAGGAGAAGGAUCCACUCGAUUCUCAAGCACCGGGUAUUUCCCUGAGAGCACCAGGGCCCUUCGGAAGGAACGACUCUGCAAACGUCCACGUCAACGGAGAAGAAAACCCAGGCACUCUCGUCAUUCACAUCCGUUCCGGAGACAUUUUCAAGCCAGAGAAGGAAGGGUGGCACGGCAUGAUUUGGUACGGUCAGCCACCUCUGCUGUUUUACGAGGACGUUAUGUCGAGCGCACCAUGGGUGCAAGUUGACAUCAUCUCGAACGCCAAUGGUGAAGAGCAUCAGUUGAACCCCACGUUUGGAGUGCUAGAAGACCUGGCGAGCCGGGGGCUCUUGCAACUGAACGUCACUACACAUCAGGUGGGUAUGUAG